CACGUUAAUUUGCUGGCCCAUUCCAUUCUAUCAACUUUAUUUGGUCAAUCAAUUUCAGCACCAAGACUGAACCCUAAGCCUUUGCUUCAAUGGCAGCAGGAACCUUUCUCGCAAUCUUAAACAGCAACAAAAAGACAAACGCUUUAACAGCAAAUGUAAUCUUGGCAAGAACAAAAUCAUAUUGUUUCACACCAAAUACAGUGAAAAGCAACAACCUUUAUUCAAGAAUCAAUGCGGUAGGAGACCCAAGAUGCGGCGUAGAUCCGGUUCUUCAACAGUGGGUUCAAGAAGGGAGACAUGUCAAUGAAUUGCAGCUGCAGCGUAUCAUUCGUGACCUUCGUGCUCGUAGGCGUUAUAGUCAUGCCUUGGAGGUUUGCAAAUGGAUGAGUAACAGUGACCUUGAAUUUUCAUCAAGUGACUGUGCAGUGCAGUUGGAUCUAAUUGGUAGAGUUCAUGGGCUUAUGUCGGCAAAGAGCUUCUUUAGUAGCAUGACAGACCAAGAAAAAACUGUCAAGACUUAUGGUGCUCUUUUAAAUUGCUAUGUUCGAGAAGGCCUUCUUGAUGAGUCCCUUUCCCUUAUGAAGAAGAUGAGGGAGAUGGGUUUUCUUUCCUCUCCUCUCAACUACAAUGACCUAAUGUGCCUUUACACAAACACAGGUCAGCUUGAAAAAGUCCCUGAUGUAUUGUUAGAGAUGAAGAGGAAUGGUGUCUCCCCUGACAAGUUCAGCUACAGAAUUUGCAUCAAUUCUUAUGGGGCAAGAGCUGAUAUUAACAGCAUGGAGAAAGUUAUACAAGAAAUGAAAAGCCAUCGGCACAUCAAAAUGGAUUGGGUUACUUAUUCUACAGUGGCAAACCACUACAUAAAAGCAGGUCUUAAAGAGAAGGCACUUUAUUAUGUGAAGAAAUGUGAGAAGAACGUAGGUAAAGAUGCAGUAGGCUACAACCACUUGAUUUCAUUCUAUGCUAGUUUGGGAAACAAAGAUGAAAUGAAAAGGUUGUGGGAUCUUCAAAAGGCCAAAUGUAGGAAGCAAAUCAACAGAGACUACAUAACAAUGCUGGGUUCGUUGGUGAAGCUUGGUGAGCUUGAAGAAACUGAAAAGUUGCUUGAGGAGUGGGAGUUUUCUUGCAAGACUUUUGAUUUCCGAGUGCCAAAUAUACUUCUUAUUGGGUAUUGUCAGAAAGGUUUAAUUGGAAAGGCCGAAGCAAAGCUACAGGAUAUAAUCAAGAGAAAGAAGACUGCAACUCCAAACAGUUGGUCCAUUAUUGCGGCAGGAUAUUUGAAUAAGAACAAUAUGGAGAAGGCUUUUGAGUGCUUUAAGGAAGCUCUUGCUGUACAGGCACAAAAUAGGGACUGGAGGCCAAAAGCAAGUUUGAUUUCUAGCAUAUUGAGUUGGCUAGGUGAGAAUGGAGAAGUUGAAGAUGCAGAAGCUUUUGUGAAAUUAUUGAUAGCAAAGGUUCCACCUAAGAGCGAAAUGUACCAUGCCCUCUUGAAGGCAUACAUCAGAAACGGCAAAGAAGUAGAGGGGCUUUUGGAGUGCAUGAAGGAUUACAAAAUAGAUGUAGAUGAGGAAACAAUGAAGAUCCUUAGCCUUCGACAGCAAAACUCUUAAAACGGUUUUUAAUAUGCAGCAUCCACUAUACUGGCACAUUAAGCCACCCUUAAGUCACUGGGGGAGUUGCAAUUAGAGGCACUUGAAGUAUUGGUUGUGGAUGGUACGGAAUCUUUUAGCUCUCAAGACCUGAACUUGCUACAUUGUAAGUUUUGGAAAGAUCAUUUUACCCUUCCGCAGGGAGCAAGUUUGGCUUAUUUGUUCUUGCCAACAGCUGCACUUGAUGAGCAUCCAUUGUACAAGACGGUCAUGGAGUUGCAUGACAAUGAAGAAGCACAACGAUGAAUUUAAGAAACAUCAUGAGACAAGCUGAAAACCGAUCAAGUUGCCGUGUACGAUUCCUCAUUAUAAAAACAUAUAACCAUUUUUUAGCUGGAUCGAGAUAA